GUGUUGCUGACGGUCAGGUGUGUGUAAUACGCACGGUGAUCGGUCGGCGUGCGAAACGAUUUUAAUAAUAUUAUAAUAAUAUCUUUAUAAUCCACCCGGCGAGUGCAAUCCGACACCCGCGCGCGCGUGUGUGUCCGCCGGCCAAAGCCGCCGACGCCGCCGCCGCCGCCGCACGUCGUUACGUCGCGCGCUCCGAUCACGCAGUAACGCCAGUAACUAACGACGCGACGAUACGGACGGACGGGCCGAUCAAUAAUUCGACACCGAGCGCCUACCGUCGACCGUAUCGUACACCACAAAAUUACGUACCGCGGUCGUCGUACGGUCUUCCGCUGACCUGCUCCGCCCUCUCACAGCGACUCCCCCAACACUACAUCGGGUAUAAUAAUAAUAAUAAUAAUAAUAAUAAUAUUAUCGACGAUAUAAUAUUCGUACCGCCGCCGCCGAGGGUGUUCCGCCGGCCCACAGCCGUAUCUCUUCCGCGUCUUAUCAUGACUGCUGUUACGUCGGCGACGACGUUACGCGGCCGUCUCGAUACCGUCGUCGUCAGUCCGUCACUGUUGUCGUCGUUACCAACAACGUCGUCGGUCUCGACUGCCCAACGGCCGUCUCGCUGAUCCCGACUCCGCACCGGUCGGACCCGCAGACCGACUGCAGCAGCUGCCCACGGCUCGGCUUAAUGACCAAAUAUCAUUGGUAAAAAACAGUGAAUAACAAAUCAUAGUGUAACUUGAGCAUAUAUAAGUAAAGAUGUCUUCUGAAGAUCUGUUACAACCAGGACAUAUAGUAAAAGAAAGGUGGAAAGUUGCCAGAAAAAUUGGGGGUGGUGGAUUUGGAGAAAUAUAUGAAGGUCAAGAUCUUAUCACAAAAGAACUUAUAGCUUUGAAAGUAGAAUCAGCUCGUCAACCUAAACAAGUCUUAAAAAUGGAAGUAGCUGUAUUAAAAAAAUUACAAGGUAAAGAACAUGUAUGUCGUUUUAUUGGCUGUGGAAGAAAUGAACGAUUUAAUUAUGUUGUAAUGCAGUUACAAGGAAAAAAUUUAGCUGAGCUGAGAAGAGCACAGCCAAGAGGUGCUUUUUCAUUAUCUACCACUUUAAGAUUAGGUGUUCAAAUUCUAAAAGCUAUAGAAAGUAUUCAUGAAGUUGGAUUUUUACACAGAGAUAUAAAACCUUCAAAUUUUGCUAUUGGAAGACUUUAUCAAAAUUCCCGUUGUGUUUUCAUGUUGGAUUAUGGUCUAGCUAGACAAUUCACAACAGCCAACGGUGAAGUUCGAACUCCUAGAACUGCUGCUGGUUUCCGUGGUACUGUAAGAUAUGCCUCAUUGAAUGCCCACAAAAAUAAAGAAAUGGGAAGACAUGAUGACCUUUGGUCAUUAUUUUAUAUGCUGGCGGAGUUUGUAAAUGGUCAGUUGCCUUGGCGAAAGAUUAAAGAUAAAGAACAAGUUGGUGUUAUGAAAGAAAAUUAUGAUCAUCGUUCACUUCUUAAACAUCUUCCAUCAGAUCUUCGUCAGUUUCUUGAACAUAUUCAGUCUCUUGAAUAUGCAGACAAGCCAGAUUAUAAUAUGUUAACGGGUCUUUUUGAACGAUGUAUGAAAAGGCGUGGUGUUAAAGAAAGUGAUCAAUUUGACUGGGAGAAAACUACUGAAACUGUUCAACCAGCAGUUACUGUUAGUGUUAUUACAAAUAAUACCACACCAGUUGUCUCCAGGCCGAUCACUUGCACAUCCUAUGGUGCAGAUAUUAACAAUCAACUAGUCACAUCUACUGUAGAUAAUGGACACGAGGAAGAACCAGACAAUAAAAAAAAUACUCCAGAGGAGCAAAUACAAUGUGAUAAUAAUAUAAUUUACCGACGUGCCCAAAAACUUGAAUCUGAUGCAAAUAAUUCAGGUUCUAAUAAAAUUAUUUCUUCUGAUAAAAUUUGUAAUGCUACAUCCAGUACACCAUUAGAUCAUUUACCAAUUCCAAAAAGUUCUCCUAAGAAAGUAGUUCAGCGAAGAGCUGUUUCUAUGCCUGGUUUGGAAAGAGAAACAGAAAUGUUAGAAGCUUCUAAGCGUAAUUCUUCCCAAACUAACUGUGCGGUCGAUUCUGGUUUCCCACCAACACCAUUAAAUGUUGAAGGUGUUCCCAAUUCAGAUCUUGGUAAUUUGAAUACUUCAGUUGUUGCAACACAAGAAGCUAAUAAAGUUACAACAGCCAGUUCUCCCCUGGUUGAAGCAGAUAGUAUUGUAAAUCAAAUUAAAAAAGAACAACGCAGCUUACAUUUUGCUAGGCGACAAGCUACUCCUAAUAGGCAAAUCUUAAAAUCUUCUGCCACUACUGCCAGAGAUGUCACAUAUACUCAAUUUGCAGUAAUUGAUGAUGAUAACUUAUCUGCAAUGCAGCAAGUGACACGUGGUGGAGGAGGUUUAACUCUUAUGUCACAAUGGAAAUCACAAUUUGACGACUCAGAAGAAACUGAUAACGAGUGGAAGGCAGAAAAUCUUCAAAGCCCUGAACAUAGAUUAAGUUUACAUGGUGUCUCUUUGAGUGGAAAAGAUAACAUUUGUUCCCAAUACCCUAACAAUUGUAAGACACCAGAUAAGGUAUCUGGUAAAGAUCAGUUAGCACAAUGUUUUUCAAAAUGCUCUGAUAAUAUGAUAAAUAAUUCAGUCUUAUCGCGAGCUUGGAGUGAAAUACAAAUUGCUACAAAAAUAAGAACAAACCUUGAACCACCCUGGUUACAAGAAGCUGUCUUUGAUGAUAUCGUGUAUGAACUUGAUACUAGUAGAAAUAUAGCUGUAAGGAACUCUGAAAAAAGUAUUACAAAGAAAUUACGAAGAUCUAUUAGCCUGGCUAACAUUAGUUUGAGCAUUAUUCCUAAAAAAGAAUUUCAAACUCAAUUCAUACAACAAACAAAAAUGAAAUUAAAAGUUCCUUCUCUACAAGUUACCACUAACACAACCAGAUCUUCCAAUGAUGGUGAUGAAUUAUCGGGAAAAUUAUUUGCCGAUGAAUCACUAAAAAAUGGGAAUGAUGUAUCUGAAAAUUGCCCAAUGGAAACAGUAUCUGGAAAAUUGGAAAUAAGAGUCGUUGAUCGACAUCUGAAUGAUAAUGAUAAUUACUGUGACACAACAACCUCAAAACCGAUUGUGUGUAUCGAGGAAGAUGAUGAAGCUCACCGAAAAUGGGCUAGAAACAGAAAUAGUAGUGAUAUUGUGAACAUAAAUGGGAAAAAUUUUGAUGAAAACGAAUUAUCUAAUAUUAGUAUAAAAUCUUUUUCCUCUUCCGAUCAAAAUAACAAAAUCUCAGAUCAUAGCAGAAGUAAAAAACCACCUCAACCCACAGUUCUUAACAAAAACAGUAAAAUUCCAUUACCCGUCAACCAAAAAUUAUCAGAAUCAAAUGAAGUAAAUUUGGCAUUGUUCAGUGAUGAAUCAAAAUCGAGUGCGACUAGUAAUAGUGGAAAACAACUACCAGAAGCACUAUUAAAAUGUCGUAGCCAAAAUUUAUCUACAGAAGUGCGUAGUAAACCACUGACUUCUGAAGAAAUUGAUGAUCAGUACACUCCUGGUCUCAGAAGACGACGACAACUUCAAGAUAAAUAUGUAACUGACCCAUCUCAAUUAAAUUUACGAUUUCAAAGACCUCAAAUGCGAAAAUCGAGGGAAUCGUAUUAUAGAUCAAGAUUUUCUGGUAGUCAAGAUGACAAUACCGGAUUAUUUUCAAAUUAUAGACCUGUAUCUGGGUCAUCAAGUAGAAGUCUUGAAAGAAAUUAUGAGUCUGAUAUUUUAUCAUCUCCUACCUUGAUACCACCACCGAGUAUGUAUUCGUCAGAUGUUCAAACUCUUGUCGAAAAUAAUGCUAGAUGUCGUCGGUACCAAAUUUUUAAACCUACUGAGCUUGCAAGGGAUUAAAUAGUAUAUUAUAAAUUGAUAGAUUAUAUUAUUGUAUUCAUUUUCAUUGAAGAUGUAUUAACUAUUUUCAGUGUAUUUGAAUAAUUAGUUUAAACUUUUAAUCUCGCAUAAAACGUGUUUAUGAAUCAUAUAUUGUAUCUAAUUUAUUUUAACGUAAUUAUUUAAUAUUGUAUUGUUUUUUUUAUUAUUAUUAUUAUCAAUAUCAUUAUUUAAGAAAUGCCAAUUGAGUUUUUAAAUCCAAAUCCAAGAAAGACCAAAUUUUCUCUAUGGCUUAUUUUCAUACUACAAUUUUCCAUUUAACUCGGUUAUUUACUUUCUGCAACUACCUAUUUUUCUAAACUUAAAUUUAGUUUAACCACAGUUCUUGAACCUUUUUUUUAUCUAAUGGAUAUAUUUCACACAACCAUGAAACAAAAUGUAAAAUAAUAUUUAAUUAUUAUAAUUUAAUUUAAUAUUAACAAUUUUUAUUGUAUUAGUGUCUUAAAUUUAAAUUUAUUUUUAUGCAUUAUACAUAUAUCAUUGAAAAAAACAUUAAUCUAAUGUAAUAAUCGUACAAUUUAAUUUAUUCAAAUUUUAAGCAAAAUAUUGUUAAUGGAAUUUAUAAUUUAGUUUAAAGUCUAAAUUACUGUACCUUCACCAUUGCAUCUCAUUGGUAUUUUUCGUGUGUUGUAUACGGUUUUAAUUUGUUUUUCACAUCUAAAACAGCUUUAUGUAUUGUGUUCAUUUGUUUAUUUAUUUAGUACAUACAUAAUUAAUUUAAAUAUUGUCAACAACCCCUAAAGGCUGUGAUAAAAGUAGUAUUCUAAGGUUUUACCUGCUCUAUAAAUGUUUUGAAUGAUGCACUUGGAUAACAUAUUUUUGUUUAUUCACAUUUGUUUAUGGAAAAAAAAUUAGCUCUACAUUUAAAGAUCUCUUUGACCUGUACGCAUACCUAUUAAUAAGUUAAUACAUAGAUAACCUAUCUAAAAGCAGCUCCUAUAAACGCACUAUUGUCAAGUUCCUAAUUGUUACUCGACCUUUACUUUUUUUAAUAUAUCUGUCAGUACCUAUUAUGCUACCAAAUAAGGACGUCAAACUCGUUAAUCAGAUUAUUGGUUAUUUAAGUAUUUCUAUUUAUUUUUAUUUUUUACAUUUUAUAAUAAAAUUAUACAAAAAUAAUAAACAUGACUAAACAUAUUUAUGUAAUAUUUGGAUAUUUGCAUUACAAUUCAUUAUACUUUUUUUUUAGCUGUGUGUUGAAUAGAAUACAACUGUUAGGAAAUAAUUGAUUUAAAAAGACUGAAUGUGUUAUUAAUAUUCAAAUCAAAAAUGAAAAUAAUGUUAUUCACAACUUCAUCAACUACUAAUUAGUUUUAUACAAAACAAAACGAAUUAAAUAGCCAAUAUGACUUGAAUUUUGAGUUUGACAAUCUUGUUUUACAGUCUUUAAUUGUAUAGCUAAAAUUUGUAUUAGUUAAUUAUAUUCUUAGAUUCAUACCAUUUUUAGAAAUAAUUAUACAAUGAUGUAUGUGUAAUAAUCUAUUUAAUUGUUAAUCGAGAAACAAUUUUAUACACUAUUGAAAACUAUUUGCGAUUAUUAAUUAUGUUAUUGAUUUUUUUUUUCUAUUUCUUAUAGGACGUAUUAAUGUAUAAUUACCAAAAAACCUAGUCAUUUUUAUUAAACAAAUUUAGUAAUUUAUUGUGUCUCUGUGGUGCUUCUAAUCAACUCGUUACAAUUUUAUUAAUUUUUUUUUUUAACUUUGGUUGGUGUUUUUUUUUUUUUUUUAAUUUUAACUAAUAGUUACAACUAAGUAUAGAAGAAAAUAAUUACCCAUCACAAAAUUUUUGCAGGAUUUUAUUUUUUAUAAUUUUUAUCUGUAUAGCCUAAUUUAUUAAUAAAAAAAUACAAUAUAUUAUUAUUGAAAUGUAAAAAAAAAACAUUUAAAUUACAUUAAUUGUAUACUGUUUAGAUAUAAGUUACUAGCAGUUGACUGAUGGAUCAGUAAUAUAUUUUUUUUCUUUAAUUUAUUAAAAUGUUAAUAAGAGCUUGGAGACUAUUAUUAUUUAUCUUUUUUUGUGUUUGCUUGUGUAGUAAUUUUUAAACUAGUAGUUUUGCACUAGGUAUACUGAAAUAUAAUUCACAAAAUAUUGUUUUUGUGAUUUUUCUCUCAUGUCAUGUAGAACAUUUAUGAAAAUAAUUACACUUACAUGAUAUUAAAAUUAUAAUAUUUUAAUUUAUUAUUUUAAUAUUACCUUGUAUAAAAAUUGUGUACAUGAACAAUGUUUAUGCAUUGUAUUUAGCUUUAUUAUUUUAAGUGGUUACAUUUUUAUUUUUUGCAAUAAAUAAAAUAGCCAAGUAUUAAUUAGAUUUGAUGCAGUUAUUAUUAUUUUUUAAUAUAAACCUUUCUGUUACAAUGGAUUGUUAGUGUUGUUUAGUAAAUAUAUAGCAUUGUAAAAGAUAGUUCUGGUUUACUUAAGACUAAUUGGGAAAUAAGUUUUAAUUGAAAGAUGUCAACAUCACAAGCAUUCCAAAUAUAAUUUUGUUGCUGUUCUACAUCACAAAUAUGCAUAUUCUGUAAUCAUAUUAUAAUUAUUUAUAAGAAUAAACAAUAAAUAAUAUAAAUAUUA